AUGAACUCGCUCUAUCACGAAAAGCAAAGCCGACAAUUUUGUCUCGUUCAUUGCCUGAAUGCACUCCUUCAAAAGAAAGCGUUCUCAGCGGAAAGUGCUGAUGAGAUUUGCUAUCAAUUGAAUGAGAGUCGACUGCGUGAUGGCAGCGAUGGCAGCCUAUCGCCUGGAACGCUGUCGUGGCACCUAGGUCGAUGGUUUAAUCCACACAGAUCAUGGAUCGGUCUCGGAAAUUACGAUGUAAAUGUCCUGAUGGCGGCCUUGGAGUUGCACGAUAUGGAGGCUACAUGGUUCGAUCGGCGGAAAGCAGCUGAUGAAAUUCCAUUCAACGAGAUACACGGUUUGAUAUUCAACAUACCAUCUACUUCGUUUAUCCCAUUUUGGAAUGGCCGACAUUGGUUUACGAUUUUACGACUUGAUGACGGCUCUUUCGUGAAUUUGGAUUCAAAGCUAAAGAAACCCGAGCCAAUCGCCGACAUUUUGGAGUUCUCGAGAAAUAUUCUGCAAAACGAGAAGAACCAAUUGAUAUUGGUGCGAAAACAGAAUGUACAU